CCGGCGUCGGCGGCGGCGGGAGGAGACAUGUCGGACCAGGAAGCAAAACCUUCAGCAGAGGACUUGGGAGAUAAGAAAGAAGGAGAAUAUAUUAAACUCAAAGUCAUUGGGCAGGACAGCAGCGAAAUCCACUUCAAGGUGAAAAUGACAACGCAUCUAAAAAAACUUAAAGAAUCAUACUGUCAGAGACAGGGGGUUCCAAUGAAUUCACUCAGGUUCCUCUUUGAGGGUCAGAGAAUAACUGAUAAUCAUACUCCGAAAGAGCUUGGGAUGGAAGAAGAAGAUGUGAUCGAAGUUUAUCAGGAACAGACAGGAGGCCAUUCAACAAUUUAGGCUGUUUGCUUCCUUCCCCCGCCCCUUUUAUUUCCUUUGAUCCUUUUUUAUUUUUAAAUGAUAGUUCUUUUGUAAUGUGGUAUAUAACACUGAAUUGAAAGCAACACCCCGCUCCCCUAACCGGGGUUUUAUUUCCAAGUGUCUGUUCUGAAUUCCUUGUGCUCAUUACACACAAUCAUUUGUUUUCAUAGUGCCGAACUCUUGUGAACCUGUCGCAGUUGUGCUUCCCUGUUUUCCCUGUUCCCUCUUUAGAA